UGAACUGAAGAAAAAGUGGGAACGAUUCGAACGAAAAGAAAAGUGAAUUCGCAAAAUCUGGUAUCAUAUACACAUCAUUGAUGUUUUAUCCCUGAAGUAACAAUAUUUGUCCUACAAUUUUAUUAUUUAAUUUUUAUUCAUGUUGAGCAAUUACUUUAAAGAUGAGCCAGUUAGACAAAAUCAAGAAUAUGAUUUUCGUAUGACAACAAUGAAACGUCUGUUAUCAGGUAUGUAUCAUGAUUCAAUUGGCGUAUUGGGGGAGUGUUCCAGUGCAAAAAGAUCGAAAACAUCAGAUUUUGAAGAAUCCACAUCAAUAAACUGGUCACAUCUUCCAGAUGUAGUAAUUACUGAAAUUUUUGACAAUUUGAAUCAUACUGAUAGAAUAAAUGUAUCUUCUGUUUGUAAGCAUUGGAGAAAGAAUCUUUACAAUAAGAGAUGGUGGAAGGACAUUACUUUUACAGUUGAACCAGACAAGAUUAACAAAGCAAGAUAUUUAAUUGAAGCCUUCUCCAGAAUUGUAUCUCAUGCCACUAUAAAGUUGAACACCUUUUCUACAGAAUGCAUGGAAGAAUUUGUAUCACUCAUACAAAUAUUAGCUGAUAAUCCUAACCUCAAAACAUUGAUCAUCGAACCAACUCAUUGCAAAUUUUUCGAAUUCCCACCAGUGGAAAUAAUAAAAGAAAAUUUGGAAAAUGAUAAUGCUAUAAUUAAAAAUUCAAUAAUGAAAUGCCUUCCGAAGUUGAAUAAGUUUAGUAUUGGAUGUAUAGAAGACUUAUCGAAUGAAGUGGAAAACUUUUUGAAACUUUUGAAUAGGAGACAUUCCGAAAGAGUAACUGUUCUUGGACUAGCAUCUGUUAAAGAUGAGCCUGGAAAAUGCAAAAAAGUUGCGUUGAGACCGUCCAUCUUCAAACCAUUUUCUGGCUUGGAGAUUCUAAGUAUAGAUUAUGAUGAAAUGAGUGAUGAGUUCUUGAAUAACUUACAUGAUGCUACAAACCUAAGAAGAUUAGUAGUGCACCUACAUAGCAUUAGGCCAAGUCAUCCUGGUACUUCAAACGAAACCUGGCAAACAUUCAAAGAAACUCAUCCAGAAUGUGAAUUCCGAUUAACGGUUAUACACGCAUUCAAAGAUAUCCAUAAUUUGCACACUAAAGUACUCAGGAAACAGAUGCCUCUUUCUCAUCUCAAAGUCUUCUUUUGUGAAAGUGUGAACAUAUCUGUGCUGGAAUGUCUGUCACAAUACUACCAAGAUACACUGCGCAGUUUGAUAUGGGUAGAUUCUCUUAAUCAGGAAGGGGGUACUUGGGCAAUAACUACACCUUUCUUUGAAACUCCCGAUCCUUUUCUUCUGAUAUCUUGGUUGUGUAAAAAACUAGAGGAAAUCAUCCUCUACGGAUACAAAUAUUGGGAAGAAAAUCUCAUAGCAGUUGCAAGACUCAGAGGACCACAACUUCAUACACUGGAAAUCGCAGAAGAUGACAUACUCUUUUCCAAUAAAAGUUUCUCACCUCACGAUACAUGUCUUAAGGAUAUUCCCUUGAAUUUAAAAAGAUCUUGGACUCCCAAAAAAAGAUCUGAACUCCAUCCAGUAAUAUGUAAUCCAACUGCAGGUGAUUCGGACGAAUAUUUAUUGCCAAUAGUCCUAGCCGAUCUGCACUAGUUAAGUACAAUUUAAUUUUACCUUAGAAUUUCCAAAUAAAACCUAUUUAUUCAACAUCGAAAGGAAACCCAAGCAACUCGUUACUGUUCAUAAACUGUUGUUUCGAAUGGACCAUAAGGUAAAGCAGAUUAAAAAUAACAUUUUACGUUUCUUUAACAACAGGAACGUUUUUGAACAGUAAGAAAAUAUAUUAUAUAUAUUUCACUUUAUUCACUCGAUCAAAUAAUGUUCUUUGCCCAAUAAUUAAAUUGGUAUGAGCAUAAGCUGUAUUUUUCCUAUUGGCAGGCCAUGUUCUUGAUAUAUACAUCAUAAUAUAGCAUUUUUGCCAUGAGAACUAAUUCAAUACUUUAGUUACAUCUUGUUAAUGUCAUACUAAAAUAAAUUUGCUGUCCUAUUCACCAAAAUAUUAAAUGCACAUGUAAAGUGCAAAAAGAACUUGACAAUUUUUUAAACGGAAACUGAACAUUUCAUAAUAUUGGGCAUCCAUUAUUUGACUUCAACCUUUUUAUGGUUGUUAUCUCAAAUAACGCUAUAAUGUUUUUCUAUUUCCAACUGAUAAAUUGUCCAUCUUCAAUGUAUAUCUCUUGUCUUUUCAUUUUGUUUAGUACUUAACAAUAUUUGCCAAAAUUGUUUAUUUCAACGUUUCAUCAAAGGCAAAUUCAUCAGUGAUGGAUUUGGGAACAUUAAAGUAUAGGUAAGGGAUUAAAACAUCUGUGAUAACAUAAUUAAACAUGAAUGAUUGUUACCCAAAAACCUGUUAUAGCUUUGGUCUAUAUACAUAAAUGGUGAAUCAGGUUACCAGGCGAAAGAGAGCGUUUUCAUUUUUAUUUAUGGAUUAUUUUUAUGAUCCUUUCACACUUCAUCCACAAGAUGAAUUUUUAGGAAUAUUGUUAUUUAUUUCAUUAUAUUUUUAUUUAUAUAUCUGUCCAAUUUGUUACUGUAAAUAUCAAUUCUAGAAUGUUACCAACCAAAGAACUCCUUUUUAAUAAAAAUUGCAUCUUUAAUGAUGAAUGAACCGUAAGUAUUGACUAAACAAAUAUUUCACUUGUUGAAUAUAUGUUUGUAAUUUUUAUCAGUAUUAUUUUUCCUGAAACUGUAAGGGAUUUGUACAGACUUUUUAUGAACUGAAAUUGUUAUAAAAUGAUUCUUCCAAAUUUUUACGAAUGUAUAAUUUUUACCGAGUAAAAAAUCAUGAUA